AUGGUGUCUGACCCGAGGGGAAAAGAUAGAGUGACUCCCCUGUCAUCUAAUAUAAGCAUACCUGCCCAACAACAGCAAAGGAGGCAAUCAAUCAUGUUGCUUUCGGAAUCUGUACCAAGCAGGAGGUCAUCUGUUUUAAAUACAAUCAAGUCCGGGAGAUCUCGUAAGUCUAUGGCGAUACCACAAAGCCCAGGAUUGGGCAGAAGCGUGGACUCCCGUGUAUUGAUCGACAUGGGAUCUCCCAACUUUCGGACAAAGGAGCAACGCCAGCAUGACGAAAUCAUCAACAGUCUACGGAAUAAUUAUCUAAAUGAUUACAUGCCCUCGAGAAGAAGUGGCUCUGUGUCAACACAGACCUCAAAAACACCACAUGAAACAUCAGGCUCGGAUUCGGCCUCGGCAAUUCUCGAGCAUGAUCCUAACCUAGAAAGCGAGGGUGGGGAUAUCACAAGGGACCUUUAUCGUUUGACUACUACAAAUCAGCUCGAGAAAACUUCGAAAAAAAAUAAGUCCAUGGACGACUUGGAAAUACGACCACAUCAUCAUAGACCCGGUUCAACAGCUAGUGCUCUAAAUGUGCCUGGAGGUUUCCGUAGAGAGUUCAUAGUCAAGAAACUGAGGAAAGACAAAGACUCUACAGACCAGGGAGAUGAACCCAAUCCGACGUUGGAUUCCGGCUCCGGCGAUUCUGAUCCGAGUGCAAUGGAAAAAGUUCCAUUUCUGACGAGAAAUUUUCUAGAGUUUCUGUACGUAUACGGCCACUUUGCGGGUGAGUCUUUCGAGGACGAUUUUAUUUCGGAAGAGGAUUUAGCAGAUGGAGCGCUUGAUGAAAGAAGUCCCCUUUUGGGACGUGGAGAUCUGGAAUCAGGAAGGAAAAGAUUGGCUCCUCGGUCUGCCAAAGGUACAACUUCUACUUUCAAGGCAUUUUUACUCAUGAUCAAGUCAUUUAUCGGCACAGGAGUCUUGUUUCUCCCCAGUGCAUUUUCAAACGGCGGUUUAACAUUUUCAAUAGUAAUGCUCCUGUUUUUUGGCAUAUAUUCAUACUGGUGUUAUUACAUCCUCACACAAUCAAAGAUCGCCACAAAGGUUUCCUCAUUUGGUGACAUAGGUCUCAAGUUAUAUGGGCCUUGGAUGAAGUUCAUCAUUCUAUUCUCUUUGGUGUUGACACAAUUAGGAUUUUCAGGUGCUUACGUAGUAUUCACUGCUAAAAACUUGAUGGCGUUUAUCGGUAAUGUUUUCCAUUGGCACGAAGUGUCAAUUGUUCAUAUGCUAAUAUUGGAACUGAUAAUAUUUAUCCCACUUUCUUUCAUAAGAAAUAUUUCAAAAUUAUCACUUCCUUCCCUAAUGGCCAAUUUUUUCAUCAUGACGGGGAUCCUCAUUGUGGUGUUUUUCACUGCAAAGCACCUGUUCUUUGAUCUUCAUUCAAUACCGGCAGAAGGUGUCAUCAUGAAUUUCAACCCAAAUCGUUGGUCACUCUUCAUCGGCACUGCAAUCUUUGCUUUUGAGGGUAUUGGACUGAUCAUCCCAGUCCAAGAUUCCAUGAAGCAUCCUGAAAAGUUUCCCCAAGUAUUGGGCCUAGUAAUUGUCACUGCCACGAUUCUUUUUACAACAGUUGCAACUUUGGGAUACUUGAGCUACGGAUCGAAAACCGAAACUGUAAUUCUACUGAACUUACCACAAGAUAACAUCUGCGUAAAUUUGAUCCAAUUUUUCUAUUCUUUGGCUAUAUUGCUAUCUACACCUUUACAAUUAUUCCCUGCCAUUGCAAUUAUUGAGAACAAAGUGUUUCCGAAAUUCACCAAAAUUUAUGUCAAGCACAAUGACCGCACUAAUGUCCAAUACAAACCAAAUUCGGGAAAAUUGGAUUGGAGAGUCAAAUGGUUAAAGAACACUGUUCGCUCAGUUAUUGUUUCUUCUGUGGUGACAGCGGCAUACUUUGGCGCUGACCAUUUGGAUGUCUUUGUUUCUAUUGUCGGUUCAUUUGCGUGUAUUCCCUUAGUGUACAUUUAUCCUCCUAUGUUACACUUGGAAAGCUGUAGCAAACCACAGAGCAGUAGAGCGACCAAAUUAUGGGGCAAGUGGCCAGUGGGUUUGGAUUACUUUUUGAUAUUGUUCGGCAUCGUUGCUAUGAUGUACACAUCAUAUCAAUGCAUAUUUGGCUAA